AUGAGUUCCAUCAAGCACUCACCCCGACCGGACGCACGAUCCCCGCGGCUCCACCUCGCCCAUCCUACCGAUCAAGAGAACAUAGAGAUAUGGAAACUGACCUCCGACGCCUGGAAAGACUGCCUUUCUGUGGAUAUGUACAUCAAAGAAGCUGCGUACCUGAUGACUGUGCCACUAGCGAGGAAUGGAGGAAUGAGCCAAUGGAUUUUGGUGGACAAGAAUCUCCCUCCAGACCAGCGACCUCUCCUAGCAUCCUGCGAAACGUUCCGAAAGCGCUCAUGGAUUAGCGACUCUGCGGGUAACGUCAUCGAGACGAUCACGCAUGGCGUCGCCAGUGUGUUUACCGAUGCUAAAUUCCGCGGUCAAGGGUAUGCCUCACGACUCAUGACCGAGUUGGCUGAAAAAUUACGCACCUGGCAGACCGAGAUGACCGAGUGUGCGGCUAGUAUUCUUUUCUCAGAUAUUGGAAAGGAGUUUUAUUCAAACCUGGGAUGGCAUGCUUUUCCUAGCCACUUCCUCGAGUUUGAGCCAUCGACUGAGGAACUCUCAGCUGCGGUGCCUAUCUUCACCACCGAUUUGGAACAGCUUUGCGAGAUUGACGAGGUGCUGUCCCGAAAGGCGCUGUGCGUUCCAUCCACCGAUGCGAAAGCCCGGCUGAUGAUCGUCCCUGAUUACGAGCACAUGCUUUGGCACCAUAGCAAGGAAGAGUUUGCGAGUGAGAUACUGUUUCAACGAAAACCUCAUAUCAAAGGCGCCAUCUUCGGACAGGAUGGACAUCGGGUUUGGGUUGUCUGGACGCACCGCUACUACGAGAGCCCGAGUGAUACAGCUUCCAUGAAUACGCUGUAUAUAUUGCGGCUGGUCAUCGAGAAUGAGGCUCUAUUGGAGUCGGACUUGCAGGUGGAGGCCCUGCGAGCGGUCCUUUUGGCCGCACAAGCUGAGGCUGCUGAAUGGGGACUACAUUCCGUGAAAUUAUGGGGGUCGUCUACAGCGGUGCAGGAGAUGAUAAGGCGAACGGGAAUUGAGUACCGAUACGAAGAUCGUGAGAACGAAGGAAUCUGUAGCCUCCGAUGGUAUGGAGGAGGGAGUGGCUUGGAGGACGAGGUUGAGUGGGUUGGUAAUGAGAAGUAUGGUUGGUGCUGA